AUGAAGGAAAGCUCAGAUGGGUUUGUGAGGGCAGAUCAGAUUGAUCUGAAGAGCUUGGAUGAGCAGCUGGAGAGGCAUCUCAACAGGGUCUUGACUUUGGAGAAGAACAAGAUCAUGAGAGACCCCGAAACCAAUUCCAACAGCAUCCACCUCACAACCACCUCCACCUCCAAUUCAACCGUCACAACCACCGCCACCUCCACUUCCUCCAUGACCCUCUCCAUCCCCAAACGCCACCGCCAGGAGUGGGAGAUCGACCCCUCCAAGCUCCUCAUCAAGUCCGUCAUUGCUCGUGGCACCUUUGGCACCGUACACCGUGGCAUCUACGACGGUCAAGACGUCGCCGGUAUUCCCCUUCUGCCACUUGCUCUUCAUCUUUCAUUUGGGGGUCCUUUGAAAGUUGUCAAGUUUAAACUGCUUGACUGGGGUGAAGAGGGUCACAGGACAGACUCCGAGAUUGCUUCUCUAAGAGCAGCUUUUACUCAAGAAGUUGCCGUCUGGCAUAAACUAGAUCAUCCUAAUGUUACUAAGCCUAAGGUUGUAACCUUACCCGAGACAGUUGCCUUCCUUCUCUUUGGUAUCCUUCAGUUGCAUCUCUCACCACCUGAGUGA